UUGCGCGCCACUACGUCGAAUGGUCGUCGCUCUUGCAGCAAGAUCGGCCACAUCGCCAUUCGAGGUGACAGAGCUAUCGCACCCCUUCUGAGCAGAACGAAUACCCACAUUGCUUCCUGGCACACCCAGAUGGCUCCACAUGAUGUUGCCGCUUCCCCCGCCGUUCUGAGGCUUUCGCGCGCCGCUGCCAUUGCGCGGGUACAGUGGGCUGAAAUUUUGACCGUGCGACGAAUUGGUGCGAGUAAUGAGCCACGAAAAGACACGGUAUUGGUCAGCUCAAGCACCUCCGUGGCCCCGCUCGGCGGGAAAGUGACAAAAAACUACAUGAGAGCUGCACAGCAUGGCGCAGAGUGGGAAACGAUGGGGCUGGCUGUAUGCGCCCUCCUUCUGUAGCCGGCGAGGGCUCCCAACAAGUUCAAAGUGCUCUGGCGCCUUUCCU